AUAAUUAGAAAAAGAAAGAGAGAUGUCAUCAUCAAAAAUAAUAACAGUAUUUGGAGCAACAGGAGCUCAAGGAGGUGCAGUUGCAGAGUCUCUCCUAUCCUCAGGGAGUUUCUCAGUGAGAGCAAUAACCAGAAACCCUGAGAGUGAUAAAGCAAAAGCACUCAAGGGAAAAGGUGCAACAGUUGUAAAGGCAAGCAUGGAUGAUGCAGAAAGCAUUGCAGGAGCAGUGGAAGGGUCUUAUGGAGUAUUCUUGGUCACCAACUACUGGGAAUACAAUGACAAAGAGAGAGAAGUAAGACAAGGGAAAGCAGUUGCAGAUGCAUGCAAGAAGGCAGGAGUGUCACAUCUAGUGUAUAGUGGAUUAGAACUGGUGAAGGAAAUAACUGGAAGAAAUUGCGAUCAUUUCGAUGGAAAAGGUGAAGUAGAGAAGUACCUCGACUCAAUUGGUCUACCCAAUACCAGCGUACGUGUCUCAUUCUACUAUGAAAACUUCCUCAGUUUCAGCCAAAAAAAUGAAGAUGGUAGCUACUCAAUAGCAUUCUCAAUGAAUGGGCCAAUGGAUGCUGUGAGUGUGAAAGACGUUGGCCCAGCAGUUGCAGCUAUAUUCUCAAAACCUGAGGAGUUCAUUGGAAAAAAGAUUGGGUUAUCAGGAGAUCGUAAAACUCUCAAAGAAUAUUGUGACUUAGUGACAAAGCUCACAGGAGUCUCAAUGACGUACAUUAAAAUGCUGAAUGAUGACUAUGCUAAGUUGUUCCCAGGGUCUGAUGACCUUGCUGCCAUGUUCCACUAUUAUGAAUUUGGUAAUCCUGUACGUGACAUCUCCCUGACAAAGAAACUCAAUCCAAAUGCAAAGAGCUUCACAGAGUGGGUGACAGAGAACAAGGCCUUGUUCUGAAACGAGAAAUAAAACUAACUCCAUAUAUAAAUGCUAAACAAUUUUAUGCCCAGCUAUUAUAUAUUAUUUUAGUUUAGUUUCCUUCUAAUAUUUCAAUUUGUGUAUGAACUGCUAUACCUUUUGAUUAUUAUUUUUAUCAAAUUUA